AUGUUUGAAGUUGUUGGAUUAAAUGUUAAAUCUACUUCUACUAUUUCCGUUCAUCUAGAGACCAGCAGCGAAUUAAUUCACAUCCCUUCCCUGGUUCGUCAUGGCAUUGAGGGGAGCCCCCUGCUUCUGUCUGUGGAGACCCUCUUUUCACUGGAUGAAGCUGAGAUCCAGGGGACUUGGUCUCACACCAAACCGAGUGGAACCCGGACCACGUUGGUCACAUUUACCAAUGACACCGUGAUCACUGACAUGAUGUACCGCAACCACCUCCUCUUCAAACAACCCAAUGUGUCUUUGCUGAUCUUGAAAUUAAACCGGGACAGUGAAGGGGAUUAUGACCUGAGCCUCAACAUAAAGUUUCACAACAGAAAAGGACAAGUCACCAAGGAGGAGAAGACAAUCCAUGUAACAGUGGAUGUACCUGUCUCCACUCCGCUCAUUGAGAAGAGCCCAUCUCAUCCAGUCGUAGAAGACAAAGCAAACGUAACUUGGACUUGUUCUGUUGAGAGAGGAACCAGAGUUGUGUUCCAGUGGCUAAGGGAUGAUGUUUUGCUGACUCCCAGUAGUAGAUACCACUUCAGUCAAGAUAACUCUGUGUUGGUGAUUACCCCUGUGACAAAAAUGGACAAAGGAAGUUAUCGCUGUGUGGCCAGUAACUCAGUGAGCCGGGGCCAGUCCAGCAAGAUGGUGGAACUCAGUGUUUACUAUGGCCCCUACAACCUGGAGGUGAACUCGGGCCAGGGCCUUCGGACAGGGGAGGUGUUCACCAUCAACCCUGGUGAGCUGGUGUUCUUUGAAUGCCAGGCUGAUUCCAACCCCCCAAACAGUUACGUCUGGAUCUACAAGAGCCACAACGUGACCGAGAUCAUCACCGAGGGCCCACGACUGGAGGUGCAGCUCUACAGACUGGCCCAAGCUGAGGAGUACCUGUGCCGAGCCUUCAACAAUGUGACGAAGAAACAGGACGAGACCCAGUUCACUCUGGUGGUGGCCAGCUUGGGAACAGGAAAAGAAAAGCACAUCCAGGAGGGAGGCUCUGUGUCUCCGCUGGCAGUCAUUAUCAUCUGCCCUUUGUUUCUCAUCAGCUGUAUGCUGCUAGUCUUCCUGAGGAAAACAUGUCAUCCUAAGCGAGUGCUCAUGAGCAUUUACAACAAACCAUUUUCAGAGCAGAAACAACCACAUCGUUCAGGCCAUGAAGAUGCAACAGAGGACUUUGGCAUCUAUGAGUUCGUGUCUGUACCGGGGAAAAUGGAAUCUACACAAGUGUCCUGCAGAUCUCUUGCCCGGCUUGAGACGAUUCAAGAUAUGCACACCACCAUCUACGAUGUGAUCAGACACGCUCCUGAAUCUCCCAGUCAGAGUUUGCUGGAGUAA